UUUUGCGUGUCGACGGGAGAGGGAGUGAGAGAAAGAGAGAGACAAAUCCGGAAGGAAGUGAUGCAAUCAUCUUAAUUGAAGUUGCUUAUAUACAGAGGAGGUUGAAGUUUCCUCCAGCAGAUCCACACAUCACGCUUCUACUGCCUAAAGCACCCGCUUCCAUACGUGAACAGACACUGGGUUCUCUUCCUGUUUGCUGCUGACGGACGACUAACUUCAUCCCUUCAUCGCUCUCCAUCCAACAGACAAAGACAGGAAAAUGAAGGUCACCAUCAUAACAUUUUGCCUCAUUGGAGCAGUUUUUGCCAACCCAAUUUCUUUCAAUGCCCUUCUGGACUCAACUGAGCUUGAUUCGAACUCGACAGAAAGUGCGUCUGUUUCACAAUCGUCUGAAAAUAGCACCUCAGAGCAGAGCUCUGAAGAAAGCACAUCAAAUCAAAGUUCAGAGUCAGAAUCCUUAGAAUCCACAUCAGAGGACACGACUUCAGAGGAGAGUGACAGUCAGUCAGAUGAGUCAGAUGGGAGUGACUCCAUGCCUGAAACCAGAGAUAACAGCAUGAGCAGUGAGGAGAACUUACGAAAGAGUUGGGUUCAAGUCUAUAACGUCAUGCAAGACCUGAGUGACGAGGACAACAGCAGCACAGAGGUCAAGGGUCAAGGGGAGCAGCUGAGCACCCAGCAGCCCACUCACACCUCCACGAUUUUCAAACAGGAGGUCAACACCACUCAACUAAACCAGCCCCUGGUGGAUAGUCCCACCAGCAGCAGUGAAAGCACAGAGAACAGCGAGGCCACCGCUGCUCCCUCGGCCUCCACCAGCGAGAGCAGCAGCAGUGAAAGCAACGAGACCAGCGAGAGCAGCGAGAGCACAGAGGACAGCACCGCCAGCGACAGUGCCGAGGUGCAGAAGAUGAAAGCCAGUGACUGUGUGAAUGGAACCCAGAGCUGUGAAAGCGAAGAGUACUUCUUCCACGAUAUAGGAGACGACGCCCAUCACGGUGUGGACAAUCUGAUGGUGCCGGACGACGACGAGAGGGAGCUGACUCUACGACGAUGAUCACGUGCACUUGCUUUAAUUUUCCCACUAUGAACUACAACACCAUCAUAAUGACCUGACUGAGGACUCUCAUGUUUACUCUUGCCCAUCGCUUCUGAAUGUUGAUUUCUGGCCUUAUACUGUUACCUGCAGCUGGUUUAUUGUGUGACUAAUAUUAUGAUGUAUCCGAGCAUUUUACUUUUUUGGUUUUGUUUUGAAAAUAAUAAUAAACAAAUUUUAUUACCGUG